CUAACCUCGUAAUUUAAAUGUUAACCUCAAAUAAUUUAGUUCUGCGAAAAAAGUUUUCUUGUAUCGAAUGUUUUAUAUGUGAGGAAAAGCGUUUUUAGUGUUCACUGUUAAGAUUUAAACGAAUUAAAAUGAAACCCACUGAAGGAUUGUCAGCAUUUGCAGUUUAUAAAAAAAUGUUGGCGCAAAAACCUUCGGAAUCCGCCAAUAAACUGAGAAAGCUGAAAUCAAAGAAUGGCAAAAAACUGAAAGGGCUCAACGCAAAAAAGAUUCUGCUGGGAAUAGAAAAUAAUGAUAUAAAUAUUAAAACCACUAAAUCGGCAAUUACCGAAUCAAAAAGUGAAAGUUCUACGAAAUGUAAACACAAAUCGAUCAGGAAAGAUAAAGAUAGUCCUGAUUCUGAAAAGACGCAGAAAAAACGCAAAAAAGUUAAAAGAAAUGGAUCAAAUUCAGAUAGCCCUAGCAUUAAUGUAACAGAAAACAGUAGCAGCGAUGAAAUUAAAAGUAUGAGGGAAGAUGCUGAUGGAAAAAUAGAAUUGAAUGAUCCGAUAAAAGAUGGCCUUCAGUUAUUCGAAUGGUUGAUUUCUCCGGUUAGUCCAAAAGAGUUCUUUAAAACAUACUGGGAAACCGAACCCCUGUAUAUUGGAAGAAUGAAUAAAAAGUACCAUUCCCACUUACUGUCAUCAGUGAAUUUAGACACCAUGCUUAGAGAAAACAACCUUUAUUACACUAGAAAUAUCGAUGUUGUUGUAUAUCAGAAUGAGGAAAAAGAGGUGUUGAAUCCUGAAGGUAAAGCAACGCCUUCAGCUUUAUGGGAUUUCUACAGCAAUGGCUGCAGUAUUAGAGUUUUGAAUCCCCAAACAUAUAAUAAGAAAAUACAUAUCAUGCUGUCAACUUUACAAGAGUACUUUGGUUCAAUGGUUGGUGCCAAUGUUUAUUUGACCCCUCCUGGUUCUCAAGGUUUUGCUCCUCAUUUUGAUGACAUAGAAGCUUUUGUUUUACAAAUAGAAGGCAGAAAACAUUGGAAGCUUUAUUAUCCUAAGGAUGAAGAUGUCCUGACAAGAUAUUCAAGUAAAAAUUUCAAGCACGAUGAACUAGGGGAACCAUUUCUAGAAGUAUCCCUAGAAGCAGGAUCUAUGUUAUAUUUCCCGAGAGGCAUUAUUCAUGAAGGAUGGACUGAUUCAGAUACCCAUUCUUUGCAUAUUACUGUUUCUGUUUAUCAAAAUAAUGCUUAUGUUGAUUUAUUGGAAAAAGCACUCCCUCAUGCUCUUGCUAAAGCUGCUAGAUCAGAUGUAGAAUUCAGAAAAGGUUUACCUUUACACUUCUUGCGAAGUGAUAAAGCUAAGAAAAUAAUGAGAAAAAAAGUAACAAACCUCAUGGAAAAAUUACAGGAAUAUUUAGAUAUUGAAGAUGGAAUCGUAGAAUUAGGAAGAAAACUAGUUUAUGACUCAAUGCCACCUGCAUUAUCUUCUGAAGAACUUGUGGGUUCAUCAAUACAGGGUGGAGAUUUAUUAGAUAAUGGACUUGUUUAUAAUAAGGUGGAAUUCGAUCUCAAUAAUAAGAUUCGUCUAACUAGAUAUCAUUGCAUUCAGCUGGAACAUAAAGGUGAAAAUGUGAAACUGUAUUAUUCCACAGAAAAUUCAAAAGUCUAUCAUGGAGAAGAAGAACAAUGGCUUGAGUUAGAGAAGCCUAUGGUUCCUGUUAUCAAGUACCUUCAGAAGACCUUUCCAAAUUUUGUUGAAAUCAAGGAUUUGCCCCUCGAGGAUGUUGAAUUGAAAAUCCAAUUUGUUUAUGAUUUGUGGGAAAAGGGUAUUCUUAUUACUACUGCUUGAAUACGUUUUUGAUAUUAUGACCAAAUGAUUUUAGAAAUGAUUGUGUUUGUUAAUGUUGAUGAGCAAUUGAAAAUAAAUGUUUUUUACUGAA